UCAUAGUUUUGUUUACCUCACAGAUCUUCCUAUAAAAAUGACAAUUAUGAAGAAAACACAGCAGUCUGGGAUAUGAAAUAGAACCAUGAAGUUUUUCGUAGCAGUUGUACUAUUGGCGUUGGUGAAAUCUUCGCUGCAGGUGGAUUACUGCAAAUCCUCGUUAUGUCCAGCAGGUGUUACUCAUAUCGCCUGUAAUGGGUUAACAACACUGUCAUCUUCCUGUGGCACCGGUGCGCAGGAGGUAGUUUUAGACUCCACCAAACAAGCAUUGAUCCUGGACUUACACAAUCAACUUCGCAGCAAAAUUGCUACAGGAAAGCAGAACUAUUCCACAACAUUCUACCCGGAAGCAGCACGCAUGGGAACGAUGGUCUGGAGUUCAGAGUUGGCAAGUAUCGCGGCAGCCAACGCACGUAAGUGUGUGUUCGGUCAUGAUAGCUGCCGAAACACUGCGACCCUGAAAGCAGUAGGACAGAACAUAGCCAGCAAAAGUUACUAUGGCAUGACCAUUUCCGAUAACGAUCUACUCACAGGAUUCGUUGGUGCUUGGUAUUCUGAGGUCACAUAUGCCAACAAAGACAUAAUCGGUAGCUAUCCGAGUAAUUACCAAGGUCCUGCCAUCGGGCAUUUCACUCAAAUAGUCUCGGAUCGUGCAACUCAAAUCGGGUGUUCUCUCGUGAGCUAUAUUAAAUCACCAUGGAUCAAUAAGUACUUUGUCUGCAACUAUGCCAUCACAAAUAUAGUGGGUCAACCCGUCUACCAAGCAGGAAAAAAAUGUUCCAAAUGCACGACUGGGUGUAAUUCUAAAUAUGACGGACUGUGCAGUCCAAGCGAAGUUAUCAAUUCUAACCCUUGAAAAUUAAAUUCAUCGUUGGUGGUUUUUAAAUUUGAAUCCGAACGAAGAGAAACGAAUUUUGCGAAACUAUUUCCAUAUGUAAAUGAAACCGAAUAAGAAAAUUUUUCCUAUAUUUA